UACACAAACGGGUCUAAGAUUUUAUUAGGCCAAUUUCAAUUAGUCUUCGCCAGAUCAAUGGAGUGAACAUGUGGACUCGGACUAGAUUUAGUUACUGCUGUGAUGUUCCUAAUUAUUAUUUUAUUUUGUGCAUAGUUUUGAUUCUGCAGACAGUAAUCUCUCAAGAAGAUGUUUCCACAAAUCCAAGAACUAUUGACUUGCUUAAGUUGGCAGAUUUGAAUUCAGCAUCUCCUCUAAUUAAGCAAGUAAAUGGACCAUGCAAUGAAACAAACUACGAUGUCUCCACUCAAAGGGAAGAGCUCGCUUAUAGAUGGACAGAGAAAGCUGAAAUUUCCUUGAGUACUGAUGAUUUAUUCCCUGAAGGCUUUCCUACAGAUUUUUCAAUUUUAAUAAUUGCUCGACCAACAAAAGGACAGUCUUUUCCACUUUUUACUAUCUAUAGUGACGAGGGUGAUGAACAACUCUCUGUUACUGUAGGAAGAGAAGUCAGUAUUUAUUAUGAAGAUAUGGAUGAAAUGCCAAUCGAGGAAAAUUAUAUAAAUUUUAAUGUAUCUAUUGAAGAUGAUCAAUGGCAUCGACUGGGUUUUAGCUUUAAAGGAGAUUCAGUCACAUUAAUUUAUGAUUGUGACACCAUAAUCAAUAGAGCACUAAAAAGAGAUCCAAUAACAUCAAAACUCAAUAGUAAAGGUUUAUUUAAUAUCGGAUAUCAGCUUUUAGCAGAUGGACAUUUUGAAGGUGAUAUAGGCUUACUAAGAAUAGCAAAUACACCAGAUGAAGCUUAUGAGUUAUGUCAUAAUUAUGCCAAAUGUUUAGGCGGAUAUUCUAGACAAUCAACAUAUGGUGCAUCAUCAUACAGCUCUUCUUAUGAUAGCAAAAGUAGCAGCUUUGACGAAAGUAGUUCAUCUGAAACAUUUACUGCAAAUAGAGUGGGCGAAUCAGAAAAUCAAUUUGAUAUUCGUAAUAAAGUGACAAAUGGGGAUAAUUUUGGCUACUCUUAUACCAAUGGCCAUGCAGAUGGUUCUUCUGAAAUAUAUCACAGACAAAAUCUAAAUAUUGGUUUAUCUGGUCUAACAUCUCAAGAAGCAACUAAAGCACUUGAAAGUAGUAAUUUAGAUAUUGCAAAUAAACAGAGUAACACAGAUCAAUAUCUACUAAAUUCAAAUCGUCGAAGUUCUGAAAACCUAAUUGGUCCUGAUUUCAAUCAGUCCUAUUCAGAAGUUAAUAAUAAUCAGUAUAAUAGUUUAAACAGUUUUGAGGGAUCUGGAGAAGACGAGACGACUACAAUUUCUCCUUUUGAUAUUGACGUAAAUAGUUUGAUACCUGAAGAUCAUGGUAGUGGUGAAUAUAAUGCAACAACACCUGAGACCACUUAUUACAAUUUCAACCGAGGACUACCUGGACCUAGGGGAUACCCUGGACCUCCAGGAUUACCUGGACCUCAAGGUCCUAAAGGUGAUGGUGGUAGAAAUGGAUUAGAUGGGACUCCAGGUAUACAAGGGCCACCUGGGCAUGUAUUUUUAAUACCGGGUAAUCAACAGGGUAACGAAAAAGGUCCCGAUCAAGGAGUAGAGGCGUUCCGGCAAAUGAUUUCCCAACAUAUGCUUUCCAUGCGGGGAAUUGAAGGGCCGAUGGGACUCACCGGAGUGCCGGGACCCCAGGGGCCUCCCGGAAUAGAAGGACAGAAAGGAGAACCAGGAGAUGUCGGUGAAAUGGGUCCCAGAGGCAUAACGGGACCUCCAGGCAAUCCUGGACAUCAAGGACGCCGAGGGUCAGCUGGUAGAGAUGGAGAAAGGGGUCUAACAGGACCACCUGGCUCUAAAGGAGAACAAGGCCUAAUAGGACUUCCCGGUCUUCCUGGUGAUAAGGGUCAUAGAGGGCAACCAGGCACGCCUGGAGCAACGGGUCUUCCUGGACAUGAUGGAAUGACAGGAGAGCCUGGACCACCAGGACCACAAGGCUUACAAGGAGAAAUGGGCCCAAGAGGCUUCGGUGGACCCAGAGGCAUGCCCGGCCUACCCGGCAAUCCUGGAAUUCCCGGUACUGAAGGACCACCAGGAAAUAAAGGAAAUCAGGGUCCAGUGGGGCAAGCUGGACCUCCAGGUCAGGUGGGAUCCCCAGGAGCUGCAGGUCCUACAGGACCUCAGGGACCAUUAGGGCCAACUGGAAUAGCUGGUCCACAAGGUAAACCAGGAAUUCCAGGUUUACCUGGAGCCGAAGGUCUACCAGGACCUGCCGGUCAACCAGGAACACCAGGUCUAAAAGGAGAGUUUGGUCUACCAGGACCUCAAGGACCAAUUGGAUUUCCUGGCUCCAGAGGAUCAAAGGGUGAUGAGGGAAAACGAGGUGCCCAGGGUGAAAAGGGCGAUAAAGGUGAGAGAGGCCUAGAAGGAGAAAAGGGAGAUAUAGGAACUAAGGGUGAAGUAGGUCCCCAAGGGCUUUUGGGGGCUGCUGGAUUAGAAGGCCCAGAAGGUCCCAAGGGUUUCGAAGGCCCCCGCGGAGAAACUGGGCAAAUGGGUGCACCAGGUGAAAAGGGGAAGGAAGGAUAUAGAGGAUUUCCAGGAUAUCCAGGCGUCAGCGGUGAUAAGGGUGAAAAAGGAGCAACCGGAAAGCUUGGAUCACCUGGAGAAAAAGGAGAAAGGGGCAAUUCGGGUCUUCCCGGAGAACGAGGUGAAACUGGUCCAAGAGGCUUUAGGGGAAUGCGUGGUAGACGGGGGCAAAUUGGCCAACCGGGACCAAAAGGCGACACCGGCCAACCAGGUCCUCCAGGACCUCAGGGCGAAGUCGGUCCACCUGGAAACGAAGGAGUUCGUGGUUUUACUGGUGCCACUGGACCACCAGGAAAUGAUGGAAAGGAUGGUGCACCAGGACCGCAUGGAGAAAGGGGACCACCUGGAGAACCAGGAAUACCAGGAUCAAUUGGUUUACCAGGCGUAAUAGGACCACCAGGAAACACCGGAGAACCUGGUCCAAUAGGUGAGCCAGGAGCACCAGGCCAACCUGGUAUUCCCGGUGAACCUGGCAUACAAGGAGAUGCCGGUAAAGAAGGACCAGUGGGACCUAUUGGUCCUGAAGGAAAACCGGGUCCACCUGGAUCACCUGGAUUACCAGGAUUUCCCGGAGAAAGAGGACACAAUGGCUUGACUGGAAUACCAGGCCUAAAGGGUGAUGCGGGUCCCGCAGGACUGCCUGGCCCUCAAGGAGAUAAGGGUGCGCAGGGAGAACCUGGUCAACAAGGACCCAUUGGGCCAGAAGGAAGAAAGGGACCACCAGGAUCUCGCGGACCCGGUGGCGCUAAGGGAGAACGAGGUGAGCCAGGACCACCAGGAAUAGCUGGAAGGGAUGGCUUGAUGGGUCCUAGAGGAUUAACUGGUUCUCCAGGACCUGUUGGACCACCUGGAGAAGAUGGAGAUAAGGGCGAUAUUGGUCCUCCUGGCGAAAAAGGCUUUAAAGGAACAAAAGGUGAAUCUGGUCCCAUGGGUAGCGUUGGUCCAUUAGGAUUAAGAGGUGAACCAGGCUUGCAAGGACCUGCUGGAGAAAGAGGACCUCCAGGAGAAAUCGGUAGAAGAGGCAUAAAAGGAGAACAAGGACCUAUGGGGUUACAAGGAUUACCAGGAGCAACUGGGCCUCAAGGUCUACCUGGACCGGCAGGGAUAAAAGGAGAAGUUGGCGACGUUGGUCAAAAGGGACCGCCAGGACCCGCUGGCAACACCGGAGAACCUGGACCUAGGGGCCCUAAAGGUGCGGCGGGACUACCGGGACCUAUAGGACCUGAGGGUCAACAAGGCUUAAAAGGAGAAGACGGAAUCCAAGGUUUGCCAGGUCCGAUUGGUAAAGAAGGGAAACCAGGUGAACCUGGAGCACAGGGUCAGAAAGGUGAAGAAGGAAAAGCAGGCACCCAAGGACCCCCGGGUCCAAGAGGGCCUCCGGGUGUUGAGGGCUCGAAAGGACCGCCUGGAGCUCCCGGAUUUCCCGGACCUCAAGGAGAACGUGGCUUGACAGGGCUAAAAGGGGAACCAGGAAAUCAUGGAGAAGAUGGAAAGGAAGGUCCUCCCGGCCCACCUGGUGACCUUGGACCGCAGGGAGCAAUGGGACCAGUCGGACCUCCUGGACGACCUGGUGAAGAAGGUCCACCCGGCUUACAAGGAAGCCCAGGGGUUCCUGGUGAAAAGGGUGAUAAGGGUGCGAACGGUCCACCAGGAGUGCAAGGUAGUCCGGGACCUCAAGGAGAACAUGGACCACAAGGUCCUAAUGGACUUCGGGGUGCGCCUGGACCAGCUGGAGAAAACGGAGCACCAGGAUCGCCAGGUCUACCAGGUCCACAGGGUAAACUGGGAGAAACAGGGCCCAGAGGUAUGAAAGGGGAUAGAGGACGGCGAGGACCCAAAGGACACCGAGGUGAAAUGGGAUUAAAUGGUCUUAAGGGUGAUGAAGGCGAGAGAGGUGAACGAGGCGAGAAGGGAGACAGAGGUCCAGACGGUCCCAAAGGAAAUCAAGGUCCAAUUGGUUUAACCGGGCUAAAAGGUAGCGACGGUCCUCAAGGUGAAACUGGAGAAGAAGGUCCAGUGGGUCCAAAGGGUUCUGAAGGUCCAACUGGUCCAAAGGGAGAUCCUGGACCGCCUGGUCCUCCAGGCCCUGCAGGUCCACCAGCUGAUAUGCCGCUGGUACCUCCAGAGUUACUUUUCCAGAUGCAAGAAUCUGGUAAUAAUAAAGGAGUGACAAGGAGGAGACGAAAUCUUGAUGAUCUAAGAUCGGAAGUUGAAGAACUAGAAGAACAAUUAAACUCUAAGGAGGCGGAAGAAGGAAACGGUCGAACUACUAAUAGUGAUGACAUAAAUGUUAAAUUCUUAGACAUGUAUUCAACAAUAUACUCAAUGAGGGUAGAGUUGGAAAGUGAGAGAAAGCCCUUAGGCGAUCGAGAGAACCCUGCUAAAACCUGUAGAGAUUUGUUUUAUGGGCACCCCUAUUUAAAAGAUGGCUGGUACUGGAUCGAUCCAAACUUGGGAAUGCAAGACGACGCAAUUUACGUUUUUUGCAACAUGACCGCUGAAGGAGAAACCUGCGUUUAUCCAGACCUGCAAAGUUCAAGUAUGCCUAUUGUGCCGUGGAAAAAAGACGGAGGAGUUAAUAGGUGGUUUUCGAAGUUUAAUGAAGGAUCGUUGAUCACCUAUGAGGGAAUUGGCACUGUGCAAAUGACAUUCCUAAGGCUGUCUUCAGAAUACGCCUUUCAAAAUUUUACAUAUUCAUGCCUAAAUAGCGUUGCGUGGUUUAAUUCGAAAACUCACAAGUACGAUAUGGCACUCAAAUUAUUGGGUGAUAAUGAACAAGAGUUUUCUUCCAAUGGUCUAAGACCGACGGUUCUUUCAGACGGCUGCAAAAUACGCCAAGGUAAAUUAGAAACGGUUUUCGAAAUCAGGACGAAGAAAUUGAAUCAACUGCCACUAAGAGACUUUUAUCCCAUCGACUACGGUAAUCCCAAUCAGGCUUUUGGGUUUACGGUUGGGCCAGUUUGUUUUAGAUGAGUAGAAAUUUCAUAUUUUAAUUAAAUUUCAUUAAGUUUAAGUUUAUGUAGAUUUAUAACUAUUUUUGCACUCUUACCUUAAGAUUCUGUUCUGUAAUGAAUUAACGGACUGUAUAAAAUGUGAUAUAUUUAUAUAAGUUAUUAGGUUUACAGUCGUAAGUUAAUUUUCAUUCUAAAUAUAAUAUAGAAUGGCAUUUUUGUGUAUCUUUUUAAUAUAUUAUAAUUUAAUUAAUUAUAUAACGAUGCCGGUAUCGAAAAAAUUGAAUUAUUCACUUUCAUUUAUGCCUGAUUAUUGAAUAAAUCAUAUAAAGGAAAUAAAUUAUCGGAUAUUA